AUGCCGUACAAUAUCGAGGGUAGUGUACCCGGGGAAGCUGCUGUUGCUGCGAGGGCAGAAUCUGUCAUCCCGGUUUUCAAGAUGAAAAAAACCAGAGAGGAGCUCAGAUUGGCUCGCAAACUGCUGGAUAGAAACGUUUUAGCAUUGUACGAGGAAGAUGGAGAGCGUGCUUUGACAAGUGAGGAUACAAUACAGUAUGCUCACGAGACGAUGAAGGACAUGACCGAUGUGACCGAGCCAGGAGUGCUGAAUAGCAUUGACGAAGCUGAAGAUACCCGGUACGGCGAGGUUACUGAGCAGGAUGAAGAAACGCCAAUGUUUGCAAUUGACAGUUCAUUAAUUGAAGAAGACGACUGCGAACCGCUCGAGCACGAGAACAAGGACCGACGACGUUCAGACCCGCCCGCAUAUGUCGUCAGUCAUCCGUGGCACAUUGUCGACUACCAUUUGUAUCUCUGCUCUGCUGAAAAGGGUCAGACGUUGGAGGUUCGCCGCGACAGCAUGUACCUAUUUGAUGGUGCCGAUUGUUGUCCUUUCCCGUACGAGGAGUUCGCGGAGGAUCGAGCAUUGAUAUCCCAAUGCUCUCCUGGUGAUCAGCCUCAGCUUCUGUUUGGUAUCUUACCGAUAGCAGAUCGACUCCAUUUUGCGGAUCGAAACCCUUCCUUCGGCGGUCGACACUACGUGCUGGGUUUCGACUAUGACUGUAAGACUCUGUACGCCCGGCGUUUCAACUGGUUUCCUCAUGAUCUAAGCGAUAUCUGGUGUGUCUGGGACAACGGCAGCAAUAUGUACACCGCCACAGUCCCCGACCUCAUACAAAUCAUGGAUACAAGCCUUGGGCAGGGAGAGAUGCAUGUUGGGAUGGGUAUUCUCAGCUCAAGUCCGAAUUGCUUGGCUUUGGAGUCCGACGACGACCCAGGUCUUGAGAUUAUUAUUGCUACACUGUGGUGUCAGUGGCUGUUGGACUUUAGUGGGAUUCUCUUUAAACAGAAUGCCGUAUCUCUUCCUGACUUCCAGGCAAGACUUGGCUCCUAUGUUGAACAGGGUCGUCUGAUCCUCCAAAGGGCUUCGUACAGGGCGUGGUUUGCUGUGCGGGACGGCCACUCGAAGGAGCAAUACAAGUAUCAGACGAUGAUCAACCAGUAUACCAAUGACCUAUACACCUUUGAAAAGUCCGAGAAAGAUGGUAGCUUGAGAGGGCAGAGUUGGAAAGCGCCCGGCCUUGAAACAUGUAGUCAGAUACGCUAUAAAGAGCGCAUGCAGAGAAAGAAGCGCGUUGAGCAGCGGCUGGAGGAACUGUUCGUCGUCCCUGAAACCGAAGGUGUUCAGAGCCAGGAGACGGUGCUUCAAGAUAUCCUCGCAAAAACCCAGCGGCGAUCUAUAGAUCUCAAAGCAAUGAACCGAGCUGAGGCACCUAGAACUCCUUCGCCGAAAUCUCGACUGCAUUCUCCCGCACCCUCAGAACAAUGCUUCAGCCCUGGGUCUCCCGAGAUUGUCACCCCUGUCACCGAGUCGUGCGACGAGUUUGAAGUUACUGGAUGCCAUCACCUUCCGUUUUCUGUGCUCUUGGAACAGGCGCUAGAGCUGGUGCACGCCAACCCCGAGCUAGAUACGUUUGCGAACAGUGGCAAAUUUGGAGCUUUGUUGGAGGAAAUGGGCAUUGGAAUUCAACAGCCUGUGUUGGGAUUCGACAAUCAUCGUUGGAUGUUUAAUAUGGAUUUGGUGCAGGAUAGCCCGGCUUCUCGUCUUCUACCCAGCCUUCUAAUCCAGUAG